AUGACAGGAUCCCACAGGACCUGCCAGGGGAUCCCACAGGACCCCACAGGACAGGAUCCCACAGGACCUGCCAGGAUCCCACAGGACCCCACAGGACCCCCAGGACCAGGGGACCCGCCAGGAUCCCACAGGACCUGCCAGGACCCCACAGGACCUGCCAGGGAUCCCACAGGACCCGCUAGAUCCCACAGGACCCACAGGACCCCACAGGACCCGCCAGGAUCCCACAGGACCUGCCAGGAUCCCACAGGAGGAUCCCACAGGACCUGCCAGGAUCCCACAGGACCCCUAGAUCCCCAGGACCUGCCAGGAUCCCACAGGACAGGAUCCCACAGGACCUGCCAGGACCCCACAGGAAGAUCCCACAGGACCCCCCAGGAUCCCACACAGGAGGAUCCCACAGGACCCGCCAGGAUCCCACAGGACCUGCCAGGAUCCCACAGGACCCAAGGAUCCCACAGGACCCGCCAGGAUCCCACACAGGACCCGCCAGGAUCCCACAGGACCCGCCAGGACCCCACAGGACCCCACAGGAUCCCACAGGACCCGCCAGGAUCCCACAGGACCCACAGGAUCCCACAGGACCCGCCAGGAUCCCACAGGACCCCACAGGAUCCCACAGGCCAGGAUCCCACAGGACCCGCCAGGAUCCCACAGGACCCGCCAGGAUCCCACAGGACCCCCCACAGGACCCCACAGGACCCCACAGGACCCCACAGGACCCGCCAGGAUCCCACAGGACCCGCCAGACCCCAGACCCAGGACCCCCACAGGACCUGCCAGGAUCCCACAGACCUGCCAGGAUCCCACAGGACCCGCAGGAUCCCACAGGACCUGCCAGGACCCAGGACUGCCAGAUCCCACAGGACCUGCAGGAUCCCACAGGGCCAGGAUCCCCAGGACCCACAGGACCCCACAGAGGACCCCACAGACCCCAGGAUCCCAGAGGACCCGCCAGGAUCCCACAGGAGCCAGAUCCCCAGGACCUGCCAGGACCCCACAGGACCCCACAGGGAUCCCACAGGACCCGCCAGGACCCCGCUAGAUCCCACAAGACCCGCAGAUCCCACAGGAUCCCCACAGGACCCCUAG